GUCACGGAUAGGCUGGGCGAGUCGACUGCUGCCGUUACUGCAGAUACAAAUGAGUCUUUAAGAAAUCGAGGAGAUAUGUCUCGAAAUUGAAGCCAAGACGCCGCACUUCAGUGUUACCGAGAUGGAUCGUCACGGCGAUUGGUACAAAUAAAAGGGAAGGAGGCAGACGAGUUUGCAGACCAGGGAGGAAGACGUGACUGAUUGGCUGAGGAUCCGCAGAAGCCGGUGACCUGCAUCUGACCUGGAGAGACCCUCCCCCGCCCCGCCCCAUCCCUUUCCGGAGGACAAGCGCCGGUGUCAAAACCCCUCCGAAAGAGGAAGAAGAGGCCCGCAGGAGGAAGGGCGCAGAGACGCCUACUGAGACUCCGCCCCCCUGCAUCCCUCGCCCCUCCCUCCCUGCCCCAGCCAUGUCGGCCCGAGAGCGCAGCCCUCGAAACCGGCCGUGGUCGGUGUACCGCGCCAACACCUUCGACCUCUCCUCCGAGAUGCUGGGGCUCACUCUCGCUGGAAACAGCCAGGAUCCAGAUGAGCCCGUUCUGGAGUUCAGCCUGGCCUGUAGUGAGCUCAUCACACCAGCGCUGGACCGCAAACCGAACAGCUUUGUGUCCGUAAGCUGCACCACCCCUCCCCAGGCCUUCUGGACCAAGCACGCACAGACCGAGAUCAUAGAGGGCACCAGCAACCCCAUCUUCCUCAGCAGCAUCGCCUUCUUCCAGGACUCCCUCAUCACCCAGCAGACCCAGGUCAAGCUCUCCGUGUACGACGUCAAAGACCGCUCUCAGGGCACGAUGUACUUGCUGGGCUCGGCCAUGUUCCCUGUUAAGGAGUUACUGCAAGACAAGCACCACAGGUUACACCUGACACUCAGGUCUGCGGAGAUGGAGUGCGUGGGCAACAUCACCAUCAUCGCCUGGCAGGUGGAGGAGAAGAGGGACCAGCGGGCCCCCAUGGCCCGGCUCCCGGACACCAUCAACGGCAGGAUGGUUCUUCCCGUGGACGAGAGCCUGACGGAGACAUUGGGCAUCCGAUCGAAGCACGCUUCUUUAUGCAAGGACACCCUACUCAAAGCAGUGUUUGGCGGCACCAUGUCCAGGAUGUACCGCUUCCCCACGGCGGACGGGAACCACCUGCGCGUGCUGGAGCAGAUGGCGGAGAGCGUGCUGUCACUCAACGUCCCCCGACAGUUCGUCAAGCUGCUGCUGGAGGAGGACGCCGCAAGGGUGUGUGAGCUGGAGGAGCUGGGGGAACUCUCCCCCUGCUGGGAGAAUCUUCGCCGGCAGAUCGUCACUCAGUACCAGACCAUCAUCCUGACCUAUCAGGAGACGCUGACGGACCUCCACGAGUACAAGGGUCCCUCCUUCAAGGCCAGUAAUUUGAAAGCGGAGAGGAAAGUGGAGUUCAUGCCAACGAACCUGCACGUGCAGCGCAUGAGAGUUCAGGACGAGACGGGCUCCGAUCACACGUAUGACGUGGUGACGAUUGGCGCCCCUGCCGCCCACUGCCAAGGCUUUAAGAACAGCGGCCUACGCAAGCUCAUCCACAAGUUUGAGGAGGCCAAGAAACACGUUUAUGAGGAGGAAUGCAGUGCCGUCUCCAGCUCCCAGUCCAUCUCCUACGUCCCUCAGGACAUCGUCCGCGCCAAAGAGAUCAUCGCACACAUCAACACGCUGAAGACCCAGGUCAGCUACUACGCCGAGCGGCUCUCCCGCUCCGCCAAAGAGAGGUCGGCUAACGGGCUGGAGAGAACCCUCGCCAUCCUGACCGAAAAGACGCGGCAGCUGGUGACGGUGUGCGACUGCAAGCUGCUGGUGUCGGCCAUCCAGGCCCUGAGCGCGGCUCGCCCCGAUUACGUGGCCUCCAAGGCGUCGCCGUCGGCGACCGAGGCGGACCAGGUGGUGCUGCGGAACGACCAGGACACGCUGCUGGCCAAGUGGAGCGGCUGCAGCAGCACCUCCCUGCACCUCCACUGGCCCGAGGAGGAGUGGGACAGGGUGUGGCUGAACGUGGAUAAGAGUCUGGAGUGCGUCAUCCAGCGGGUGGACCAGCUGCUGCAGCGCGACCGUCUCCAUAGCGACAGCAGCGAGGACGUCUUCCUCAGCGACCAGCAGGGCGGCGCCGCCAAGAAAGGUAACCGGAAGACCCGAGCGUUCUGGAUCAACCCCGAGAGUUUGGACCCGCCCGCUCCAACCAGCUCCCCCCCACUGCGGCCAUCUCCUCCACCUCCUUCAUCACCGCCACCAUCAUCAUCAUCAUCACCGCCAUCAUCUUCACCGCCUGCCCCGGCCCCUGCAUGCCAGCCCCCCCCUCACAGAAACUCUUAUGACAACGGCAGUGCCGAGGAGGCCAGCCCAGGUGAGUGGAGUGAGGCUCUGUACCCCCUCCUCACCACGCUAACGGAGUGUGUGGCCAUGAUGAGUGACAAGGCCAAGAAGUCGAUGGUGUUCCUGCUGAUGCAGGACAGCGCCCCCACCAUCGCCCUGUCCCUCACCCUGCAGUACCGCAGAGACGUGGUCUUCUGCCAGACGCUGACAGCUUUGAUCUGUGGUUUCAUCAUCAAACUGAGGAACUGUCUCCAUGACGAUGGAUUCCUGAGACAGCUCUUUACCAUCGGCCUUCUGGCCCAGUAUGAGGGUCUGCUGAGCACCUACGGAGAGGAGCUGGCCAUGUUGGAGGACAUGAGCGUGGGCGUCAUGGACCUGAGGAACGUCACCUUCAAGGUGACGCAGGCCACCUCCGCCGCCGCCCCCGACAUGCUGCCCGUCAUCACCGGCAACCGGGACGGCUUCAACGUGCGCGUGCCCCUGCCCGGGGCCAUGUUCGACGCGCUGCCGCGGGAGAUCCAGAACGGCAUGCUGCUGCGCGUCCAGCCCGUGCUCUUCAACGUCGGCAUCAACGAGCAGCAGACGUUGGCCGAGAAGUUUGGAGACACAUCACUGCAGGAGUUUGUGAACAUGGAGAGUCUAACUCGUUUGAACUCGUACUUCGAGCAGUUCAAAGAAGUUCUACCUGAAGAUUGCCUGCCCCGUUCCCGCAGUCAGACCUGCCUCCCAGAGCUGCUCAAGUUCCUCGGGCAGAACGUCAACGCCCGCAAGAACAAGAACGUGGACAUCCUGUGGCAAGCUGCUGAGGUGUGCCGGCGGCUGAACGGGGUGCGCUUCACCAGCUGCAAGAGUGCCAAGGACCGCACGGCCAUGUCCAUCACGCUGGAGCAGAGCCUGAUCCUGCAGCACGAGCACGGCAUGGCCUCCCAGGUCUUCGGCCAGGCCCUGGACUGCAUGCGCAGCGAGGGCUGUCGACGGGAGAACACCAUGAAGAACGUGGGGUGCCGCAAGUACGCCUUCAACUCCCUGCAGCUGAAGGCCUUCCCCAAACAUUACAGACCCCCUGAGGGCACUUACGGGAAGGUCGAGACCUGAUUGGACAGUCAACCCACCGUACCUAACCAAUAGCGACAGGAGA